AUGGGUUACUUCACCCCCAGGCCGCAGUUGAUCCCGGGCCAACUCAUCUCUCGCAGCCGGCGUUUUGUUGUCCUCAUCGCCAUCUCGAUCGCCGUGUUUAUUCUGCUCGGCUUGUGGAGAUUAGCAAGCACAUGUCCUGACCGUGGGUUUUGUCCUGGCGUAUUCGAGUACAAAACCGCUAUUAAACAGGUGCAUAUUUCGGAUACCUCCCCGACUUCAGAUGAUCUGCGCCAUGCUAUAUCGCAGUCUCCAUCCUCGGCGCCAGCUCCCCAGCAAAUCUCUGGGAUGUCCCCCGUUCCCACCGCAAUGCCCACCAAGGGCCCCUGUGAGGGAUUCCCCGAUACUUCAAAUAUUCUCCUGAUAAUGAAAACCGGUGCCUCGGAGUCGUUCGCUAGAAUCCCCACGCAGCUAUUGAUGAAUCUGCGAUGCAUUUCCGACUUCCUCAUAUUUGGAGACAUGGAACAGACGGUAGCUGGCUACCAUGUUCAGGAUAGUCUUGACGAAGUGAGGGAGGAAGUAAAAGCGAAUAAUCCCGACUUUGAUCUAUAUUUCCGCCAGAAAAACUGUGCUUCAGAUCAGGAGACGUGUAACAGGAAUACCAACGACAACACCGCUUCUCAGGGAUGGAAUUUGGACAAGUACAAGAACAUCCAUAUUGCCGAGAAAACCUGGAGGCAGAAGCCAAACUACGACUGGUAUCUCUAUGUCGAUGCCGAUACUUACGUUGUCUGGCCUACAAUUGUGGAAUGGCUCCAGCAUGUUAACCCAAAGGAACAAUGGUACAUUGGCAGCGUCGCCUUCCUUGGCGAUUUCCCCUUUGCUCAUGGAGGCAGCGGAUAUUUGGUAUCCCAGGCGACAAUGAAAAAUUUCUUCGAUGGGAAAACGGAUGUAGCAAAGGAAUGGGACUUUGAGGCUCGGGGUACUUGCUGUGGCGACUACUUAUUAUCGUAUGCCCUCCGACACGAAGUAGGAGUGAGAGCGACCAAUGUCUGGCCAGUUGUGAACGGAGAGAAGCCUAGCACGAUGUCAUACGGAAAAGCUCAAUGGUGUCAACCCAUCGUGACCAUGCACCAUGUUAGUAGCGAGGAGGUCACAGGUCUUCACGAAUUUGAAUUAGAGCGCAGCUUCACGUCGCCACUGCGAUUCAGGGAUGUAUACCAUCGAUUUAUCGAACACCUCCUUGAAGAUAAACGAGAGAGCUGGGACAACCUUAGUGAAGACGUUUUUUACUUGGAUGAGAAGACCCGAGAGUACUCCGACUGGCAGCUUCAAAGGACCAAAAAGGGGGACCUGUCGUCGAUUGAACGUGAAGCCCACUUGGGAUUUAAUCAAUGCAAAAAGGCAUGUCAUAAUGACCCUGGAUGCUUUCAAUUCAGAUUAAAUCAGGGUAUCUGUGCUAUGAAUAAAAGCAUAAAACACGGUAGACCAAGGAAGCCCGAAACCAAGGAUGAUGAAUGGCUCAGCGGUUGGGACGUGCCCAAGAUCAACCGCUGGGUUCAGGAGAAUUCAAACUGCGGGAAGAUUACAUGGCCAUCUGUGCACACUUAA